AUUGCCUAAUGAGGCACAUGAUCACAUCGCUCAUUGAUAUCAAAGGAGGUUUACUCCAUCACCUUUACCUGAACCACCCAGCAUGUCCCUCAAAACCAGGCAUGAAAACGCUCGCUGCGAUAUUAUGCUCGUAGCUAACCAGAAUGUCCAACAGACCAGCUGUAUUUCCCGCCAAGUUUUGGUAUUCAGCAGAUGGCGACACCCUUGAUGCGGAGCUCUCGAGCUGGUUGGCUGACGUUAAGCCUACUGAUGAGGACGACUUUGCGCCGCCGGUCCCAGGGUGCAAAGCGGUUAUCGCACCUCACGCUGGGUACUCAUACUCUGGCCCUGCAGCUGCUUGGGCGUACAAGAGCAUAUCCACUGCUGGAAUCUCCCGAGUAUUCAUCCUAGGCCCAUCGCACGCUUUCUAUCUCGGUGGAUGCGCACUCUCGAAAUGUGAGACGUACGAGACCCCACUAGGAAACCUCACACUAGACAGAGAAGUCAUCGAAGAACUCUACAAGACCAAACAAUUCGAGUACCUCCAACCACGCAGGGAGCAAGGCGAGCACAGUAUCGAGAUGCAGCUGCCCUAUGUAUACAAAGUCUUCGAGGGGUGCAUCGAUAAUAUCAAGAUCGUGCCGAUCAUGGUCGGUGCUAUCGAUCAGGAGCAGGAGAAAGAGUAUGGGAAGAUCUUGGCCCCGUACCUUGAGAGGGACGAUACGUUGUUUGUUAUCUCUUCCGAUUUUUGUCAUUGGGGUCACUCGAAUUAUGGAUACACGUUCUAUUAUCCAAAGACGCUCCCUAGUGAUAUCCCGGGUAUUAAUCUCCGCCGUAGCGGUCCGCGCCCGUCACCUUCUCGGCCCAUCCAUACAUCCAUUUCAGAUCUAGACCACGAAGCGAUGGAUAUCCUCACUCAACAGCCCGCGUCUACCGCACACGCCAAAUUCGUUGCGUACCUAGAGCGCACGCAUAAUACGAUUUGCGGACGACAUCCCAUAGGGGUGCUGAUGGGUGCACUCAGUGCGCUGGAGGAGAAAGGCAAGCAGGCGAGAAUGAAAUGGGUGCGAUAUGAGCAGAGCAAUCGGUGUGUGUCGUUUGAUGAUUGGAGCGUGAGUUAUGCGAGUGCGUAUGUUACUUUUUAGAGGGGAUGGGUACAACACGAUCGACAAGCUGGCCAUGUAUAACAACACCAUCAAUGAAUAAUAUAU